AUGCGCCCCCUGAUGGAGAGCUUGUGCUGGAUCCUUGCGGCGCUGAUGGUGGGGCUGCACGAAGCGAUCGCACAACUGCAGCCACGAAAAGCGUGGACAACAGCAUCGCUUCUGGAAGACAAGGAACGACGGGGGCGUGUCAGAAUCACCGUGGGAUUCGUGAUGGAGAGGUGGGGCAAUCGCUCGCCACACCACCUCAUCCAGAGAAUCUUGGAGAGUGUGGACCGCUCCAGGUUUCGACUCGUGGUGUUCUCGCGAGACUACACGGAUUGCUACUGCGAAGCCGGGCAGGCUUUGCCGGAAGCUGCCGAGGAGGUUAAGAUCUUCCCGUGGCACCCAUUUGUGGAAGGCCUGACAGACCCUUUCGCUGAUCGGGGAGUCAUCGCGUCGGUCCAGGUAGAUGUCCUACUCUCCGCUGCCUUGGGAAACACGCUGUGGAGCCACUUGUUGGCGCUAGGCCGGCUGGCGCCGGUACAGGUUGUUUUCGGGCACGGCCAUUCUGUGACAUCGGGCUCUCCCGGGAUCGACUGCUUCGUGAGCAGCGACCUCUAUGAGACGACGGCGAGCAUCGACGCUCGAGAGCUUGCAGAAUUGCCGGCACCUCGAGCGACCUAUAAUUGGCCACUAUCGUCACCACCGACGCUGGCGCCGAAGGCUGUGACGACGAUGAUAGCGUUCACAGCCCCACGGCAGGUGGUACAUGCCGAGCAGACUCCUACUCUCCGGUGACGGUCAGCCUCAUCAUUACCAGAACCUUCCGCGAAACACAACUCAUCCGCUGGCAGAAGAGACGAGAAGCACGACACAAAAUCUACAACCAUGGAAAGUCCGUGGCGGCGAGGGGGAGCAAGACUACACGGAGGAGCUCGUUCUCUUCGACUCAUUGACCGCGUCACUGCCGGAGGUUUUCGGCCUCGUAAAUGCCCCCUCUAGUGAGGUGGCUGCCGUUGCCGCGGCCGCGGCGGCGUCAAGACCGUGGGCCGAAAUAUCCUUCGUAGAAGGGGAUCACCUGUACCACUGCAUCCAGCACUCGAAGAAGUUUCACCCCGAUUUCGAUCAGGUGCACUUGCCCCGCUGGGGGCGCACCCUCGGAUCAGAUCUCGUCGAACGCCUCGUGUUCCUGCCCCACCUCAACCACUCGGAGAUGCUGUUGGUCGUGGCCAAGUGCAUGGUCAUGCU